AUGGUGACAAGCGAAGAAGAAGAAGAGUCAUCCACAUCUAGUCUUGAGAAGAGGAUUUUGGAAUCAGUCACCACCGCCAUGGCAACGAUGAUUGAGGAAAAGAUUGGUGCUCUACACUUGCAUCAAGUCAACCCGGAACCAAAUCAACGUCAAAGGAAAGAAGAACCACGGCAUGAAGAACCAAGGCAAAAUGAUGAGGCAAGGAGUUACUAUAGUCACGCCUCUUCCCACAGCAGCCAACGUAGGCGUCGCCGAGAGAGAGCACCACCUAGAGAUCCUUUGGGUGGUCUAAAGCUCAAAAUUCCCGCAUUCCAUGGAACCAACAACCCGGAUACUUAUUUGGAAUGGGAGCAGAAAAUUGAGUUGGUCUUUCUUUGUCAAGAAAGUCUUGAGUGCAAUAAGGUUAAAAUUGCGGCUACUGAAUUCUACGACUAUGCCCUAAGUUGGUGGGAUCAACUUGUCACUAGCCGAAGACGUGCCAGAGACUAUCCGAUCGACACAUGGAACCAGCUUAAAGCCGUCAUGCGAAAAAGAUUUGUGCCAAGUUACUAUCAUCGAGAACUACAUCAGCGGUUGAGGAAUUUGGUUCAAGGAAGCAAGACCGUCGAGGAGUACUUUAAGGAAAUGGAAACCCUUAUGUUAAGAGCCGAUCUUCAAGAAGAUGGAGAAGCGGUCAUGUCUCGAUUCAUGGGAGGUCUUAACCGAGAAAUCCAAGAUCGUCUAGAAACUCAACAUUAUGUGGAGCUUGAGGAGAUGCUUCACAAAGCGGUUAUGUUCGAGCAGCAAAUCAAGAGAAGGAACGCCCGAUCAAGUCACACCAAGACCAGCUACAGCACGGGAAAGCCAAGUUAUCAAAAGGAAGAGAAGUUCGGUUAUCAAAAGGAUUACAAGCCGUUCGUCAAGCCAAAGGUCGAUCUAGAUCCAAAAGCAAAGGGUAAGGAAGUAAUCACGAGGGCUAGAGAUAUCCGAUGCUUUAAGUGUCAAGGACUUGGGCAUUACGCGAGCGAAUGUUCCAACAAAAGGAUCAUGGUUCUUAGAGAGAAUGGCGAAGUAGAAUCCGAAGAUGAUCGUUCGGAAGAAGGCUCAAUAGAAGAAGAUAUGGAAGCCCCUACUAAAGGAGAGUUGCUUGUUGCGAGAAGAUCGUUGAGUGUUCUAACUAAAGCCGAGGAACAAGCGCAAAGGGAAAAUUUGUUUCAUACACGUUGCCUCGUCAAAGAUAAGGUAUGUAGUUUGAUUAUCGAUGGUGGAAGUUGUACUAACGUUGCGAGCAGGAGUAUGGUCGAGAAGCUUGGCUUAGAAGUGCUUGAACACCCGAGACCGUAUUCACUCCAAUGGCUCAAUGACACGGGUGAGAUGUCCGUCAAAGAACAAGUCAAGGUACCUCUUUCAAUUGGGAAGUAUCAAGAUGAGAUCAUCAAAAACUUGGAAGAUCAUGUCAUGCAUCUUAAACUUGUUUUAGAUUUGCUUCGAAAGGAAAAGCUAUAUGCGAACUUGAAGAAGUGCACCUUUUGCACGGAUAAUCUUGUUUUCCUAGGCUUUGUUGUAAGUGCAUAUGGAAUCAAGGUCGAUGAAGAAAAGGUCAAGGCGAUUCGAGAAUGGCCGAGCCCUAAGAAUGUGAGCGAAACGUACAAGGUAAUGCAAGAACACUUCCAUUGGCCACACAUGAGAAGAGAUGUCGAGCGACUAUGUGAACGUUGCGCGACUUGUAAGCAAGCUAAGGCUAAGGUUCAACCCCACGGUUUGUAUACCCCUUUACCUAUUCCUUUGCAUCCUUGGAAUGAUAUAUCUAUGGAUUUUGUGGUAGGAUUGCCUAGGACUAGGGCCGGUAAGGAUUCUAUCUUUGUGGUUGUUGAUCGCUUCUCUAAAAUGGCGCAUUUUAUUCCAUGUCAUAAAACCGAUGAUGCAUCUCAUGUUGCUAGCUUGUUCUUUAGAGAAGUUGUUCGUUUGCAUGGCAUUCCUAAGACCAUAGUUUCUGAUCGUGAUACUAAGUUCCUUAGUUAUUUUUGGAAAACUUUGUGGUCGAAGUUAGGGACUAAAUUGCUUUUCUCUACUACAUGUCAUCCGCAAACCGAUGGUCAAACUGAAGUUGUUAAUCGAACCUUGUCGACUUUGUUACGUGUGCUCAUUAAAAAGAACCUUAAAACUUGGGAAGAUUGCUUGCCGCAUGUUGAAUUUGCUUAUAAUCAUUCGAUGCAUUCCGCGACUAAGUUUUCUCCUUUUGAAAUUGUUUAUGGGUUCAAUCCCACAUCUCCUUUGGAUCUAAUGCCUUUACCUUUGAGUGUAAGAUCAAGUCUCGAUGGCAAGAAGAAAGCCGAUUUAGUGCAACAGGUUCACAAGAAGACUAAGGAAAAUCUUGAAGCCCGGACGAAGCUUUACGAGAAGUAUGCGAACAAAGGCCGAAAAGAAGUCAUCUUCAACGAAGGCGAUCAAGUGUGGGUUCAUCUUAGGAAGGAACGUUUCCCGGAAGAAAGAUCAUCUAAGCUAAUGCCAAGAAUCGAUGGACCGUUCAAAGUGCUUAAACGGAUCAACAACAACGCCUACAAACUCGAUCUACAAGGUAAGUAUAAUGUGAAUGGUAGCUUCAAUGUUUCUGACCUUCAACCUUAUUUUGCAGAUAAUUCGGAUUUGAGGUCAAAUCCUUUUCAAGUGGGAGAGGAUGAUGAGAUCAUGGCCAACCCACUUGAACCACACGAAGAACAGCUUGUACCGGAGGAAGCAUUGAUCGUCCCAGCGGGUCCUCUAACAAGAUCAAGAGCCAAGAAUUUCAACCAAGCCAUCAAUGGAUUACUUAAGGAGUUAAACAAGAAUCAAGAAGACGUCGUUCAAUCCUCACUCAUAGUGAUCACGGCUCAAGAGGAUCGGUAAAGGGUUAAGUGUUGCUUAUGCACUCUUUUUCCCUUGUCAAGUUUUGUCCCAAUGGGUUUUCUUGACAAGGUUUUUAAUGAGGCUUAAGUAACAUUUUCAAGCCCCUUUAUCAAUCCAAUUCGUGGUCCAAGGCCCACUCACAAAGCCUUGGCCCAUUUUCCCUUUUCUCUUCAAACUUUGCAUUUAUUACUUGUUGUUAUUUCCAAGACUCUUGU